AUGGAUGAUAUGUAUCAAUACGCUGCUUCGGCAGUAGAUAGCAAUACUAAAAAAACAACUGCUGUACCUGAAGAGGACGAUGUUAUUAUAAAGGCCUUUAGUAAUAUGGGCUGGGGUAAAAAAUGGACCAGUUUGGUCGACACCGUGAAAAAACAGAGCGAAGCUUUUGUUGAAGGGACUAAGAAAGACCUUCAAGAAUUUGCUCAAGUCUUAACUGAAGAUGACGAUGAAAAUGAAAUUACUACAACAAUUAACGAAGACGGACAGGCAACUACCAGUAGAGAUAUUACAGCUGACCUUAACCCAAUGGACACCAUUCGUGAGAAUCUUGCAAAAAUCAAUACCGUCAACUUCACUAGUCUACGGGAUGGAUUGACACAUACUUUGAACCAAACUUUACCUUCUCAAAUCACAUCUGUCAGAUUACCUGAGAAUAUGGACUUGACUCAAUUGCAAGAAGGUUUAACUAAUGGAACACGAUCAGCUGAACACUAUCUACAAAAGUUUGGCACUGACGUUAUUUCGGCUUUGAAAAACACGGUUACUGUGCUAGGACCUGAAGAGCAAGAAGUAACAGUAGAGAGUAAUAAUGAGAGUGCCCCGCGUAUAUACUUGACUAAAGGAAACUGUUUUAGUGCUAAUCGAAAGGAAGCUUUAAUAGCAAAGAUGCAAACCAACGAAAGCACCUAUUUAACAGAGCCUGAAUUAUCAAAGAAGGAUAAAGAGCAAGAAAAAAAGGUUCUGGAUACAUUCAACGCAAGUUUUAAAAUUGACGAAUAUACAGAUGAAAUCGCACAGUUAUUAAACGAUUAUCCAGCACUUCGAGAAACCAUGGAUAGAUUAGUACCUGUUCAAGUAAGCUAUGCUUUAUUUUGGCAACGCUAUUUUUAUCACGCAUGGAAGAUUGAACAAGACGAACAGAAGAGACAGCUGAUUGUACAAGGUGUGACAGAAGACGAUGCCGACUUUAAAUGGGAUUCGGACGAUGAAGAUAGCCAAGUACCUGCACCAGUUACUAGUACAUCUACUGCAACAAUCACAACCAAAAAUAUCAAGACAGAUGAACCAACUAGUAGAACUUCCACCACAAACUCUGAAGGAACUGAUGAUUUCAGUAACAUUUCAGAGCCAAUCGAAUCACCGCCGCUUAAAUCGUCACAAACCACAGAAGAUGAAUGGGUUAAAGCUGAAAAGAAAAAAUCCGAUGAUGAGGAAGAUAGUGAUAGUGAUUGGGAAUAA